GAAGGCGGAGACAAUACAUUUUGACAAUUCGAGAAUUACGCUACAUUCAAAGAUUCGAAAUAUCCAUUUGCAGCUCACAUUCAGCAGACCGCGUCAGCACAAUACAAUUACAUUACAAUGUCGUCAUUUGUUGCUAGACUGUUUCUCCAGAGACCUGCUGUGUUGCGUAUCGCUACACACCAAACAUUCAGUAAAACAGCAAGCGCGUUUCCUCGAUGCAUGGUUGAGACCUUUAGACACUGCAGAGGAAUAAACACAUGUUUGAGUUUACUGAGGGCAGAGGAGAAGGUGACCAUUCACAUUCUGAAUAGAGAUGGAAAAAGGCUUUCAGUGAAAGCUUCAACUGGAGACACAUUACUCGAUGUCGUUGUAAACCAUAAUCUAGAUAUUGAUGGGUUUGGUGCAUGUGAGGGAACGUUGGCCUGCUCUACAUGCCACCUUAUUUUUGAGGAAGCUGUUUAUAAGAAGCUUGGACCAGUUUCUGAUGAAGAAAUGGACAUGCUGGACUUGGCUUAUGGGCUUACAGACACAUCUCGUCUGGGUUGCCAAGUGUGUUUGAUGAAAGAUCUGGAUGGGAUGAUUAUGCGUGUGCCAGAGGCGGUGUCUGAUGCCCGAGUGGACAGUGAGAAUGAAUCCUCAGCCCCACCCAAAGCACAACCUAUAAAAUAAUCCCCAUCUCAUAAACACUGCAAUUAGGGUGAUUUAUUUAAUAGCUUGUAUUUUAAUAUCUAAUAUGUUAAAAGUAAACCUUCUUGAAGUAGACUUUAUAUCUUACAAUGUUAUUUUCAUUGAUGCCAAGACAAAUAGUUUUUAUACUUUUUUUUUCUUUAAUUGCACAGAAGCGGCAAUUGUCUGUGAAGCUGAGAUAUGGGAGCAUCUCGUUGGUAUACUUUGAAUGCUUAUGUAUUGUAAUUGUGUGCCUGAUUUAUUGCAAUAAAUAAGAUUUUUA